GGAACACUCCUCUCUUCGGGAAAGCUUUCUUCCCACCAACAGCUUAUCCUCUUUCCCACCUCGGGAUUCGGGAGAACUGCCUUGCCUGCUUACCUGCUUGCAGUGAGUAAGGCUUUCAAGCUGUCGAGUCAUUUCGCGAGAAGCAGCAGGGUCGUUCUCGAGGCCGUCUGUGCUCCUCCUACCUGCAAGUACUCUUCCACGUAUCAGUUCGAGCAACCUCUAGCUCCUUCUUCUGUGCGUGGUUCCUUAGCCUUCGCCUAGUUUGGCGCCAAGCAUUGUCGGCUGCUGCAUUGUCACUCCUGAUAGAAGCACGAGAUUUACAACAUGGCGUCAGCACUCAGCCGCACACUCAGCGGUUGCUCAGCCCCUGCUGCUCAAUCCUCUGCUGCCACGUCAUUCUCUGCCACGUCAGCCUCAUCUAACGGAAGAUCCUACAGCUGUGCGUGCCAUCAGCUCGCGCGUCGCACGAAAUCGCACGGUGGCGUAUCAGCUUCCACUUCCGCUACUCAACUCGGAAUCUCCUCUCUUCUCCUAAGCGGCGCAUCUCUCCCGGGCGUGCGUCAACCAUCGUCCACAGUAACUCCUUCCGGCCACAGUAACACCUCGCGACGUCGUUACUCUUCGCGACGACACCUUCCGGUUACCACCACGGCGACCAGCUCUGAAACCGUAACUGUUACAGCUGUCGGCUCCUCCGUCAGCACCGCCGAAGAUUCCUCCGAUUCUUCUGCGGAAACUUCCGCUUCCCCGCUUUCCCCCGCACCUGCGCAACCCCCCCAGCCGCAGACCCCGCAGCUCUCCAAGCCCGUGCUCGUGCGCCCCGCGCCAGCGCAGCCGCCCGCAAGGCCCGCCGCGCCCGCCCCCGGCGCACGCGGCGGAGCGAAGUCCUGGGCUCCGCGACCGGGAGUCGCGGGGAGCCGGCCGAACGGGAGCGUCGCCGCGACCGGGAAGAGUGUUUUCCGUCCGAGGGACCGCGCCGCGCGCGCCCCGGACAGCGCGGGUGUGGCGGCAGUGCAGAAUUUGAAGGAGAUUCUGGAGAAGGCGGAGCGGAUCGGCAAUGGGGGGAUGGCGGGGGGAGCGGACGGCGGGCCCGCACUGAAUGGAUCUUCCGCGGGAGCAGCGCAGGGGGAGGGGGAGGGGGAGGGCGGGUCGGGAUCUGACGUGGAGGAAAUCGUGCUUGUGCGCAAGGAAACGCCUAACGGGUCGGCUAGUAACGCAGCAGACGCCGCUGCGGCCACGAGCGCCGGCGCGGCUUCCCCCAGCGCAGACUCCGCGGAUGCCGAGCCUCCGGCGGUGGCUCGGCCCAAGCCGGUCAGGGUCGACAGGCCGAUGAGGCUGGACCGGCCUGUGGCGUCGUUCGACCGCUCCGCGCCUCCUGCGCGGCCCGCUCCGCCGCGCCCGGGGGUGUUCGUGCGCGGGCAAGAGCCCGCCGCUGGCGCAGGCGGAACGAGCGCAAAGGAGAAGCUGGCGUGGAAGCCCAAGGGCUCCGCCGAUGCCUCGUCUUCCGACGAUGAGCGGGCUUCCGCUGCUUCCGCGGGCGCGGCAGGCGGUCCGCGCAGGGGCCCCAUUCUGCGCGACGCUGGGCGCAGGGCGCCACCCGCCGGGGAGAGUAGGGGUGGCGCAGGCGCGCCGGGCGGGGGACCUUCCCCCGGGGGACCCUCCUUGGGUCCGGACCGGGCCCCGUCGAGAGGCGGGCGGAAGGACACGCGGAGGAGAGGCGGGGACGGGGACCGCGAGGGCGGGGCGGGGCGGGGCAAGCGGGGGAGAGGGUCCGCGGUGGCGGAGCAGGCGCGGGGGAAUAGGAAGCAGAGCAAGGCGUCGCGCAGGGCUGCGCGGGAGGAGGCGAAGAAGGCGGCUGCGCCUGUGAAGGCGGAGAUUCUGGAGGUGGGGAAGGAGGGGAUGAGCGUGCAGGAGCUGGCGCGCGAGCUGGCGGUGAACGACUCGGACGUGGUGAAGGCGCUCUUCAUGAAGGGCAUUGCGACUACAGUGAACCAAGUGCUUGACGAGGACACAGUGCGCAUGGUGUGUGCCGAGUACGGGGUGGAGGUGCUCGAUGCCAGCGAGGCGGAAAUGGGAGAAGCUGCCAGGAAGCAGCGCGAAUUCGUGCAGGAGGAGGACCUGGAGCACCUGGUGGUCCGCCCGCCCGUUGUGACUAUAAUGGGACAUGUCGACCACGGCAAGACGUCUCUCCUGGAUUACAUUCGCAAGACCAAGGUGGCGGCAGGAGAAGCAGGAGGCAUCACUCAGGGGAUAGGCGCCUACCGCGUGUGGGUGCCCUACGCCGCUGGCACCAGCAGCGACGAGGAAUCUGACGCUGACUCAGAUGAUGACGUGGAGGAUGAGAACGAGGAGGGGCUGCACACGUGUGUGUUCUUGGACACGCCAGGUCACGAGGCGUUCAGUGCUAUGAGGGCGAGGGGGGCUCGGGUGACGGAUAUCGCGGUGAUUGUGGUGGCUGCUGACGAUGGGGUCCGGCCGCAGACCACUGAAGCUAUAGCCCACGCUCGUGCUGCCGGCGUGCCCAUUGUGGUUGCCAUUAACAAGAUCGACAAGGAGGGGGCGAACCUGGACCGAGUGAUGCAGGAGCUAGCAGCAGGUGGACUCAUGUCGGAGGAGUGGGGAGGAGACACGCCCAUGGUGCCGGUCAGCGCCAAGACAGGAGAGGGAGUGGACAGUCUGCUUGAAACGAUCAUGCUCGUUGCUGAGAUCCAAGAGCUCCGCGCUAACCCCGACACACAGGCAGCAGGGACGGUGAUUGAAGCUAGUCUCGACAAGCAGAGGGGGCCGGUGGCAACACUGCUGGUGCAGAACGGCACCCUGAGGCUGGGAGACGUGGUGCUGUGUGGGGAGGCGUAUGGCAAGAUCCGAGCCCUGGUGGACGACACGGGUAGCCGCAGUGACUCUGCUGGUCCUUCCCUUGCUGUCGAGGUCCUGGGGCUCAGCUCCGUGCCGGUGGCAGGGGAUCACUUCGAGGUGGUCGACUCCCUCGACAGGGCGCGCUCCAUGGCCGAGGAAGCUGCGGGGAAGCUGCGCACCGCCAGGCUGGCGGCCCUGCAGGGCGAGUCGAAGGUGUCGCUGUCUGCGCUGGCGGGGCGGGGGUCUACGGGUGAUGGGUCGGACGGGAGCGACGAGGAGGGGUUAGAGUUCCACCAGCUCAACGUGAUCCUCAAAGUCGACAACCAGGGUGCAGUGGAGGCCAUUCGUGAGGCUCUGGCGGCUCUGCCACAAGACACGGUGUCGCUGCGAUUCCUGCUGCAGGCUGCUGGUGACGUGGCACUGAGCGACAUUGACCUGGCGGUUGCCAGCGAGGCAGUGGUGCUGGCCUUUAACGUGAACAUGCCGCCCGCUGUGGAGGCAGCAGCAGAGGAGAAGGGCGUUGAAGUGCGGACGUACCGGGUGAUCUACGAUCUCAUUGACGACGUCCGCAAGGCGAUGGAGGGGCUGCUGGACUCUGUAGAGGAGCGCACGCCAUUAGGCUCGGCGGAGGUUCGGGCGGUGUUUGGUGCGGGCAGCAGCAAGGUGGCGGGGGUGAUGGUGACGGAAGGAAAGCUGGUGAAGGGGUGUGGGGUGGCGGUGAUCCGAGGGAAGAAGGAGGUGCACUCCGGUACACUCACCUCGCUCCGACGAGUCAAGGAACUCGCCAAAGAGGUUGUGGCUGGCUUGGAGUGCGGAGUGGGUCUGGAGGGCUUUGACGAGUGGCAGCAGGGCGACAGCAUCGAGGCGUUUGAGGUGGUGCAGAAGGCCCGGUCGCUGGAAGAUGCUUCCAAGGAGGUCACAAAAGCGGUGGCAGAGAAAACCGAGUCCAUGGGGAUAGCAGUCGGUGCAGCGUAACUCUGUAACUCCAGGGAUGUGGGCUUUGGGGGGGAGGGGGGAGAGGGGGGAAUGAGUGGCAGCAGGGCGACACCAUAGAGGCAUUUGAGGUGGUGCAGAAGUUCGGUCUCUGGAAGAUGCAUCCAAGGAAGUCACUAAGGCGGUGGCAGAGAAAACCGAGUCCAUGGGGACAGCAGUCGGGACUGCGUAACUCUGUAAUGGGAGGGCUUGUGCUUGUGCUUUCACAAUUGGCAACAAAAAAACGGUUGAUGGGAACAACAGUCCACACUGUUUAGCUAGCUUCCAAUAGUUUUUGGUGUGCAUAGUGAAAUUGACAUUUAUGAGCACCGACAACCUUCCGUUGCUUUCAUGCGGUCAUAAACAGAUUAGUUGUUUUGUUGAGUGGACAAUAUUUUGUUAACUGAUCUGUUACGUUAUGCAAGCAGGC